AUGCUCAACCUCUCUUACAACCCCUUCUUCCCGGGUCGGAUCCCUCCAGAGCUUGGGAACCUUACAAACCUCGAGGUUCUCUGGCUUACCCAAUGCAACCUCGUUGGCGUCAUUCCAACUUCUCUCGGGAACCUCAACAAACUGCAGGACCUCGACCUCGCGCUCCUUCAACGGACACACAUCGGCAUCAAACGACGUCCGAAAAAGGAAAGGAAAGCUUCUCGGGGGUCCCAGAACGCAAAAGCUGGCCAAGACAGGUUGGGACAGCCGUCCCAAACUGGGACAGCCGUCCCAAACACCAAAAGCCAAGUGAGACGCACGUAUCACCUUUGGGACGCACGUCCCAAGCCACAAAUUUCAAAUGGGACGGCCGUCUCAAACCCAACAGGCCGUCCCAGCUUGGCUCAGUGA